AUGGAUCUCGCCCAGAUGCUUGUGCGCUCCUGCGUGCGCUCGUUCUACGAUACCAAGCAUAUUCUGGUCAUUGAUGCACUGAUUAUCCACUCGGCCUUGCGUGACGAUGACAUGGCCUAUCUCAUGGGCAUGAAUACGAAAGAGCUCCAUAAGCUGUGUGGUCGACUGAAGGAGGAUAGGUUCCUCGCCGUACAUACACGCCCCGAGCUCAAAGAAGGUCAGCAACGUCCAUUGAAUCGAACCUAUUACUACAUCGACUACCGUGCUACAAUUGAUGCCAUCAAAUGGCGGGUCUACCUCAUCGACAAGCAGGUCCAGGGAAAUACAGUACCAGAGAUGGAACGAAAGGAGUUCUUCUGUCCAAGGUGCAAGUCGGAAUGGACACAAAUGGAGGUUCUGGACAAGUAUGGGCCGCAGGGCUUUUUAUGCCACCGAUGCGAUUACAUUCUGGAGCAACAUGACCCGAACAGCAACAGCCGUGGAGGGCAUGAACAAUCAACGAAGCUGAACGCCCAAUUCAAGUUUAUUACCGACCUCUUGCCCAAAAUCGAUGGUGUCGUCGUUCCAGAAAAUACGUUUGAGCAAGCUCUAGCCUCUGCCCGAAAAGUCAAUCGCGAUGAGACAAACCCCGCGUACGAAACAGCACCUCUUGAUGCUGCAGUCGAAAGACCAACGGCGGUCCGAGGUAUGGCAAAUGUUGCGCCUCAAACGAUAUCUGUCACCCUCACGGCAUCUGAGGGUCCUACGGAUGCAGACAUUGCUGCUGAAAAAGCAAGAAAGGAGAAGACGGCACAUCAAAAUGCCCUGCCCGUCCAUUUCACGCAUAGUACAAUCAGUGGUGAGCAAGUAAGAUUCAAUGGAGAUACAGCAGCACUGUCUUCUCAACCCCGGGAGCCAGACAAGAAAGACAUCGGGUUUGACACUCCAUCCGCCAAUGGAGACGUCGAGGGAAUUGAUGAUUACUUUGCACAGCUCAAGGCAGCCCAAGCAAAAGAAGCUGAGCAAGAGCAAGAAGAAGAGUUCGAGACUGAUGAUGAAGAAGAAGACUUUGAAGAUGUGAUUCCUGGAACGGCCUCUGGAGUUGGCACUCCCUCUAGUUCAGUUGGCGGAGAAGUAAAGCCUACCUCGGCACCUUAUGCAAGCGGCUUGACAGGUGUAUUGAAGAAGGGCGGCAGCGCUUCGGGGAGUGGUACCAGCACAGGCGUAACUAGUCCGGUGACAGGACCAGGCACGCCAGAAGAUGGUAGACCGCCGAAAAGGGUCAGGAUUGAGGAGCCAGUCGUGAAAGAUGAAGAGGAGAGUGAGGAAGACGUCGAGUUCGAGGAUGUAUAA